GAGAGUUGGGUGAACAGGUUUCGCGCCUGACUUCUCUUCUCUCCAGCGUCCAGACUGAAAUACGUUCCCUUCCUCAGGCCAGCGUAUAAGAUCCUCACCUCGCCGACAUGCACAGCACUAACCACUCGCAAUCACCCGUGCACCCGCCUACACUCGGCAAGUCUCUUUUACACUUGCGCGCAGCAUGUUCACUAGCAACGCUUGGGCUCCGCCUCCUCCGCCUCUCACUAAGCUCGGCAUCCACAGGCAACUUUCUUCUGGCGCGGGUGUCCAUGUAUCUCCUAUUCAGCUUGGUGCUGGGAGCAUCGGUGACAAGUGGCAGGCAUUCGGCAUGGGGAACAUGAACAAAGAGUCCAGCUUCAAAUUGCUCGAUGCGUUCUACGACGCCGGUGGUAACUUCAUUGACACUGCAAACGACUACCAGGACGAGUCGUCAGAAGAGUUCCUCGGUGAAUGGAUGGAGCAGCGUAACAUCCGCGACCAGAUCGUACUCGCCACCAAGUACACGAACAAUUUCCGCCGCGGAAAAGGCGGUCAAUACAGCGCCUUCGUCGGCAACAAUGCCAAGUCCAUGCACAUCUCCGUCACUGCAUCCCUCAAGAAGCUUCGCACUGACUAUAUUGACGUCUUCUACGUUCAUUGGUGGGACUACACUGCGUCGGUGGAAGAGGUGAUGGACGGCCUGCACGCACUGGUCCAACAGGGCAAGGUUCUGUAUCUCGGCAUCUCUGACACACCGGCGUGGGUUGUUUCGCAAGCGAACAUGUACGCGCGGUUGACGGGAAAGACACCGUUUUCGAUCUAUCAAGGCAAGUGGAGCAUUAUGGACCGGGAUAUUGAGUGCGACAUCCUACCGAUGUGCAUUGUACAGGGCAUGGCGAUCGCACCAUGGAGCGUCCUUGCUGGCGGAAAGAUCCUCACGGAUGCCGACGAGCAGCGACGCCUCGAGUCCGGCGAGCAGGGCCGUCAGGUGUUUGGUGACUGGAAGCGCACGUCCGAGGAGCGCAGGGUUUGCCUCGAGCUCGAGAAAGUUGCGAAGGAAGCCGGAGCGAAUACGAUCAUGUCGGUCGCGAUCGCGUGGGUCAUACAGAAGGCGCCAUACGUGUUCCCCAUCGUUAGUGGGCGGAAGGUCGAGCAUCUGCAUGAUAACAUUGAGGCUCUGUCGAUCCACCUGAGCGACGAGCAGAUGAAGCGCUUGGACAGCAUUGUACCGCCCCACAAGGGAUUCCCUCAUGCUAUUAUUGGCGACGGUACGGACUACAUUUCCUAUACAAGGCUGCUGAAGGUGAAAGGUCUGCUCGCAUGAAGUGUUCGCAGCGGAUCCGGAGUGUAUUAUUUUGGCUACGACAUUGCCAGUAGGCAACGGUGCGGUCAAUCGUAUCGUCUGUCAAGGAUGCAACACACUGGUAUGCAUACAGACCUGAUCUAUGUUUGUGGCCACCUAGAGACGAAAAAAUAGGCGAGAGCUGUCCUAAGACGAAGGUGUUAAGAUCGUGAACAUAUAUCAGGC